GUGACGUAACGCAUGUGUGUGUGUGUGUGUGUGUGUGUGUGUGUGUUUGCAGCUCAGCAUUACAUCCGACACAUCCAAAGCCCACAAACUGAUGCACGCUGCAAAACGCGCUCCAAAACAAACACCCAAACCAAAACAAAGAUCCAACCAACCAAUGAACACCGUGACCGCCGCCACCUGCCUGCUCGUCGCCGGCUUCAGCUACUUGCUCUACGGCAGCGAUGUGUUCUCCUCGUUCUCCUGGUUCUCAUCGCUGCUCCGUGUCUCUCUUCUUGCAGACCCCUCCAUGCCCGAGCCGGGAGACGCUCCUCCGCGGCGGAGCCCGCAGGGAGUCCCCUACACCGACCUGCAGCACAUCAUCAACGCCGACGGACUGCACCUGUUCUGCCGCUACUGGGAGCCCAACGGCCCGCCAAGGGCUCUGGUGUAUAUUGUCCACGGGGCCGGGGAGCAUUGUGGGAACUAUGAUGAGAUUGCACAGAGACUGAAGGAGCUGUCCCUGCUGGUAUUUGCACACGACCACGUUGGCCACGGUCAGAGCGAAGGAGAAAGGAUGAACAUCAAAGACUUCCAGAUUUACAUCAGAGACUCCCUGCAGCACGUUGACCUGAUGAAAUCCCGCCACCCAGACCUUCCCGUCUUCGUCUUGGGUCACUCCAUGGGUGGUGCUAUCUCCAUCCUGACGGUCUGUGAGAGGCCCAGUGACUUCGCUGGAGUGGUUUUGAUCGCUCCGAUGGUCCAGAUGAACCCAGACUCGGCCACGCCGUUCAAGGUUUUUCUGGCGAAGGUCCUUAACCACAUGGUGCCCAGCCUCACUCUGGGCUCCAUCGAUUCCAAGUGGAUCUCACGGGAUAAGACGCAGGUGGAGGCGUAUGUCAACGAUGACCUGGUCUUCCACGGCGGCGUGCGGGUGUCGUUCGGCAUGCAGCUGAUGGGGGCGGCGGCGCGCAUCGAGAGGGAGAUCCCGACCAUCAGCUGGCCCUUCUUCAUCCUGCACGGCGACGACGACAGACUCUGCGACAUCAGAGGCUCCAAGCUGAUGUACGAGAACACUCCGAGCUCAGACAAGAAACUCAAGGUCUACGAGGGAGCCUACCACGCCCUUCACCACGAGCUCCCAGAGGUGGCUGAGAACGUGCUGAAGGAGGUGACCGGCUGGAUCACGGAGCGCAUUCCCGCCGCUACGACAUCGCAACAACCAAACGGCUCCUAGAAUCGUGACUUUGACUACCCGGUCAGCGCUCCACAGGCAACUGCCAACCCAAGAGGCCUGCCCACUCUCCAGUCAGGCAUAACAAAACUACCACUACACUCUCUGGUCUGGAAAAUAGAUCUAGACUGACAUUAUUCUGACUUAUAUAUCCAGCUCUCCUGUGUAUCUCAAUCAACCCAAGUUACACUGAUUUAAAUAGGACGAUGGGGUCAGAAACCACUUCUUAUUAUAGAUACAGCAGUUUCCCUGCAACACUUAUGAUCAGGGAUGUGUCUCAUGUAUUACCCGGUCACCAUUUGAUCAUCUCCAUAAGACCUCACUGAGGUCAAGUUAAGUACAGUUUAAGCUACAGUAUGCUGGGGUUCGAAGUGCAAUAAUGACGUUUCCUCCUUAUUUAUACAAACACAAGCCAGCAGCUCUUUUUUAGGAAGUAAUGACAAACGUUAUGAAAUACAUUAUUAAUCUGCACAGGCACAUUUCCUUUUUGCUCCUCCCCUCUUAACAGACAGGUCAGAGGUCUGUCUUCAAUGGACAACAUCAGUGGAUACAAGACAGAUAGUGACACU